GCAGAAAGUAGGAGCUGUCCAGUGCUGAAUGUGACACACAGUCCCCUUCUCUUUAAAGACUGUAGCUAAACAAAAGGAGAUCCUUGUAGAGCUCACCAUGCCACGCUCCUUCCUUGUCAAGAAGAUAAAACUAGAUGACUUUUCCACAUCAAAUUACCACCACUUUGAUGAUCCCUGUGUCCUGGGGAAGUCGCUUACCAGCACUGUGGGAAGCUUGGUGGUCCCUGUUGCUGAAGACGGUUAUACACCACAUUGUAUUACAUCUUCUGACUACCAGGAUGGAAAGAAAAAAAAAAUCAGGAAAAACAGCCCACCAUCGGAAGCGGAGUACACACCAUUGCAGGAUGAUUACAGUGAACCUGACAGCCCCCAGUCUAGCCUCUCUGCUGGAUAUUUCAGUGGGGAAGCCGCAGUCACAGACAGCUACUCAAUAGAUGCUUUCUUCAUCACAGAUGGACGUUCCCGAAGAGGCAGUGAAAGCCGCGGCAACCAGCGCCACACGUGCAGUGAGUGUGGUAAAACCUAUGCCACCUCCUCAAAUCUUAGCAGGCACAAACAAACACACCGGAGCCUGGACAGUAAGAUGGCAAGGAAAUGUCCCACCUGUGGCAAAACAUAUGUGUCUAUGCCAGCACUCGCCAUGCAUCUCCUCACACACAACCUGAAACACAAGUGCAAUGUAUGUGGAAAGGCCUUCAGUCGUCCCUGGCUACUACAAGGCCACAUGCGCUCCCAUACUGGUGAGAAGCCCUUUGGUUGUGCCCACUGUGGCAAAGCCUUUGCUGAUCGAUCCAACCUUCGAGCACACAUGCAGACACACUCUGCCUUCAAACACUACAAGUGCAAACGGUGCGAGAAAACAUUCGCUCUCAAAUCCUAUCUUAACAAGCAUUAUGAGUCAGCUUGUUUCAAGGGCUCGGAGCAUGAGUGUGCCAUACAAAGUUAAAGCCAUGUGCAUGGAGAAAAACUGUACACGAGGAAACAAGGCACAAAGCGUUGUGCCUUCCCGCUCUCUUGGAUGGCACAAGGCACCAGAAACUGAAAAAUCAGGGUACUUGGCAUAAAACAGUGUUAUACUUGGUUACACUUCACCUGUCUGUGAGAGCAGCAUCUUCAGAUUCCACAGCAUCAAGUUCCUUUUUUAAAUAUGAGUUGACAUUAUUUAUUUUAAACAGUGCAAUAUGAAUCUUACAACGGAGAGUUCUGACUUUUUUUCAAAUAAUCCUUCCAUCUCUCUUUUCAAGCUCUUAAUGAACUUUUAUGUGCAAAGCCAAGCUUUCUGUGGAUAAAACACAUGAAAUGUGACGUGUCAUUAGUACAAAAGGGAAUUCAUCUUGAACAGAGGCCCACUUCAACACAGACUCAGGUGCCACGUCUCUGUCCUGCAUUAUGCAUUGUCUUGUCAUUUUAUGGCUUUGCUGCUGAAGCAGUGUUUUCCUUUUCUAUUUUGUGCCAUGCUUCUUCACGUCUAUGUACCAUGCAGAGGAGGAGACUGAUCAUCAUUUAUGCAGCACAAUAGAUUUCAUGCUGGCUACGCAGCAAACACAUGAAUGUCCCAAAAAUGGAUUUCCAGUGCAUUAAUCUGCCUGUAGCAGUAGGGUUUGCAGUGUCUUGUUUUAAUAUUUGGAAGCACAUAAAUAUAUAUAUUUAAAAACUGUGGUGAAAAAAACUGUGCCAACACCUUACAAGAAGGGAGAUAAGAAAAUGGCAUCCUUCUUCAAUGAACUUGUUGCAAUUUCCCAGGAAACAGUGUUACCUCUAGUGUUUUCUAAAACUAUGAGAAUAUGCACUAUGUUGAGAUGACUGAUACACAUAUUUAUUACCCACGCGACACUGAGAGGGGUAAUUUCAUGACUAUUAUUAUUUAUUAACCUCUGCAUCAUGGACAUACUGAACAUUUCUUUCAAAUCUGACCUUCCCCAUUAAGGGACAGGGAACUAUGAGAUUCAAAGCAAUUGGUAUUACGAACUGCUUAUUUAAGUGAUGUAAUUUAUACAAUUUGUUAUUUAUUAUAUUUAUUUGCCAUUUACUUUUUUUAUUAUUGACAUGAUAUUGCGAAUGAAAAUGAAUGGAUAGGGUGUAGUUUAAUGGAGAGAAAGGUAUAGUGUUUACAUGCACGUUACAGCGGAAGUCCACAACAAAUAUUUUCUGUCAAAUUUCAGUGUGUUGAACAGUCUUCCUCCUAAGUUCUGCUACAGCCAGAGAAAACACAUGCGCCUUCUUCAGGCUGCAUGUCUGUUCUUCCAGGAGAUCCUGGGUAUUAUUGGAAAAGCCUAUGCAAUUUCUCAUUGAUUUCUUACCUCAGAACAACUCAGAGGAAGCCCAUGUAUAAUGUCACAGCUUGAUCAAGCACUUUUUUCAAAGUGGGGGGCUGUGUUUACUUUGUGACUAAUGUCUGCUCAUGGGCAAAGCCAUGGAUCCUGAAGUACAAUUUAUUAAUGGCUGCCCAGGCCGGAACUACUUCUAGGCGACAAUUGUGACAGGAACCUGGGUCAAAGUCAGUCAGUGAUCAUGAACAGAAAAUAGAGACAAAAAAGAGAAAAAAGUGUCACUUAUGAUCGUACUGAGGCAAAUGUUCUCUGUGAAAGUGUGCAAAAAACAAACUUAUUGAAGUUUACAGAGUUAUGUAUUAAAAUGUGACAAAAUGAGCCUUGCAACUACAUUAUGCAUAGACAGCACUUGUUUGGGAAUACUGGGUUAUCUCAAUGUUACGAAUAAUGCAGUAUAUUUAUACACAUCACACAUUAUAAUGCAAAAAUCUGGCAAAUGAGAAUUCAUUUCUUUACUCUCGCUGUGUUUUUCAUAGGACCUACUAAUAGACAGUAGUAGUAAUAGUAGGAGCAAAUGUUAUACAGGGUGCAAGGGCACUUUAUGUACAAUACUUGCCUACAAAAUGAACCUAGACAAUGCUCAGUGUUGCUUUCUGUUUACUGCAUGCCAGAACUAAGCAAGCCUUGUGUUAAGAAACAAUAGAAGCCUUAAUUGCAUCAUCAGUAUUAAUAAAUUGCAAGAAAGAAUGUAUCAUAUGGGUAACAUAAUCUUUGCAAUGGCCUCAGGUGGUUAUUGUAUACAGGCAUUUUAGUAACAAUUCCCAGUAACAAAAAUAAACAGUGUGCAUGGGGAUACCUCAUUAUUCUAAUAAAA